UUUUUCUCUCUUACCAAGUUUUGAGUAUGUAAUACAUCCCAGAUCGGUGCUGAACCCCUUGUGUGAGUUAACAGCUUUUCAUGUGGCGUUCUGCAGCCUUCUUACAGAUAAGGAAAUUCAGAGAGACGAAGUGUUUUUGCAGAGAGCCACACGAUGAGCUAAGAAAUUGGAACCCAGGGCAUUUGAACUCCAGAGCCAGGGAACUUAACCGCCCAUUCAUGCAUUCACUCAGGAAUUCCCUCUUGAGUGCCUGCUGUGAAGGCAACCUGGACGCUGUCUCUGCCUUCCUGGGAUUGUGGUGUGUGUAGGAGAGAGACACGAAACAAAAGAAUCUUCUAAGUCAGUUUCUGGCUUGCUGAGUACUCAGAAGGGGGAAGCAAUGUGCUGCAAGAGGCCGGCUGCUUCCUCCUCACAAGGGGAUGCCUACGGUGACAUUGCCAGGCCUGAAUCUGCCCUGCCAUUGGGAGUGUAAUUUCCUCACGACUACAAAUGCAAAUAAACACACACACUGAACAUGCUACCCUGCUGGAACUGUUGACGGCUUGUUCACUGCAGUUAAAGGAAGAUGGAGGAACACAUUUGAGCACCCAUGUGUGAGAUCCAGCUCGUGGCAAACCCCGCCCUUCUUUAACGUCUGUGGGAAGUGAAGCCACCAUUACUGACCUCGGAGGAAUCCCGGAAGUAGUGGGAAGAAAAGUCGCAGAUAUUUGAAAAUCAGGCUGCAGGGGUAGUUGGGGUGAGGAGCAUGGACGUCUAUGAGCCUGAAUCUCAGCCUCGCCCAGCACCCGCACAGGCAGCAGCAGCAGUUCUCAUCUCUGGAUGACAAGCCCCAGUUCCCAGGGGCCUCGGCUGAGUUUAUAGACAAGUUGGAAUUCAUCCAGCCCAAUGUUAUCUCUGGAAUCCCCAUCUACCGUGUCAUGGACCGGCAAGGCCAGAUCAUCAACCCCAGCGAGGACCCCCACCUGCCAAAGGAGAAGGUGCUGAAGCUCUACAAGAGCAUGACACUGCUUAACACCAUGGACCGCAUCCUCUAUGAGUCUCAGCGGCAGGGCCGGAUCUCCUUCUACAUGACCAACUAUGGCGAGGAGGGCACGCACGUGGGGAGUGCCGCCGCCCUGGACAACACAGACCUGGUGUUUGGCCAGUACCGGGAGGCAGGUGUGCUGAUGUAUCGCGACUACCCCCUGGAACUAUUCAUGGCCCAGUGCUAUGGCAACAUCAGUGACUUGGGCAAGGGGCGCCAGAUGCCUGUCCACUACGGCUGCAAGGAACGCCACUUUGUCACUAUCUCUUCUCCACUGGCCACACAGAUCCCUCAGGCGGUGGGGGCAGCCUACGCAGCCAAGCGGGCCAAUGCCAACAGGGUCGUCAUCUGUUACUUCGGUGAGGGGGCAGCCAGCGAGGGGGAUGCCCACGCCGGCUUCAACUUCGCGGCCACACUUGAGUGCCCCAUCAUCUUCUUCUGCCGGAACAAUGGCUACGCCAUCUCCACGCCCACCUCCGAGCAGUAUCGCGGCGAUGGCAUUGCAGCACGAGGCCCCGGGUAUGGCAUCAUGUCAAUCCGCGUGGAUGGUAAUGAUGUGUUUGCUGUGUACAAUGCCACAAAGGAGGCCCGACGGCGCGCUGUGGCAGAGAACCAGCCCUUCCUCAUCGAGGCCAUGACCUACAGGAUCGGGCACCACAGCACCAGUGAUGACAGUUCAGCGUACCGCUCAGUGGACGAAGUCAAUUACUGGGACAAGCAGGACCACCCCAUCUCCCGGCUGCGGCACUACCUGCUGAGCCAAGGCUGGUGGGAUGAGGAGCAGGAGAAGGCCUGGAGGAAGCAGUCCCGCAAGAAGGUGAUGGAGGCCUUUGAGCAGGCAGAGCGGAAGCCCAAACCCAACCCCAACCUGCUCUUCUCAGAUGUGUAUCAGGAGAUGCCCGCCCAGCUCCGCAAGCAGCAGGAGUCCCUGGCCCGCCACCUGCAGACCUACGGGGAGCACUACCCACUGGAGCACUUUGAUAAGUGAGGCCUGCUCAGCCCACCCCCACCCGCCUUCAGCUACCCCAAGAGGUAGCCCACUCUAAGGGGAGCAGGGGGACCUGGCAGCACACUACCCUCUUCCCCAGUCAGCUCCCUCUAAAACAGUCGGCGGCCCGGGCGGCUGCCGCUCUUCACCCCUGCUCCUCUAGGCUGUUACAUUGUCGGGGGAUAGUAUCUGCUGCAGUUGCUGGGGCUCCGUCAGCCCUCUUUUCACCUGUUGUUACAGUGCCUUCUCCCAGGGGCUGGGUGAGGGGGUGUACAGGACUAGAAGCCCCUCUGGGUAUGGGGUGGACAUGGCAGGUCAGCCUGUGGAACUUGCGCAGGUGCGAGUGGCCAGCAGAGGUCACGAAUAAACUGCAUCUCUGCGCCUGGCUCUCUACCA